AUGUGUGCUCGCAGUCGUAGGAGGCGGAGCGGGGAGGAAACUGGGGGAGGACCCGGACGCGGCAAGGUUGGCGCGGCGGCAGUUGGCCUCUGUGACGUAGAGAGAGGGCGGGGUGUGCGGGAGCUGGCGAUUGGCAAGCUAGACGAUGAGCUGGAUGGCGACGUGUGCGGGGUGGACGAGGCUCUGAUCCGCAAUGUUGACGGGACUCGGGAGCGGGGGCUCCGAGGCAAUGGAGAGAGAGCGCAACGAGAUGUCGAGGCGAUCGACGAGGGAGAGGGCAUCGUGGGCUCAUGCGAGCUCGGAGGCGGCCGGCCAGCGGAGGUCUGGAUUGUGGGGAGAGCAGCGGCAGGCGAGGCGACGGCAGAGAGGGACGCGGUGAGGGAAGGUGGAGCGGGACUGAUAGCGAGCGCGCUCAUGGAGGAGGCGAGAGGGUUGCAACCGGUCAUCGGACGUGCGGGCGGGAGCGAUCAGGAGUCAGCGGAGUUGGAGGGAGGGGAAAGAAGAAAGGCUGCCGAGGCUGCAUGUCUGGGGAAGGGACGUGCGGAAGGGAUGUGCAUGCGCAGGGUCGAGGAACGGGGCGCCGAGGAACGGGGCGCUGAGGAACGGGUGGACGGGAAGGAUGAGGGCGAGAGGCACGCACCUUUGUACCGCUUGGCAUGCUCAUCGAGCCCACGAGCCGAUGAGGUUCAGUCGAGCACGGGACGGUCGACGAACGAGAGUUCGAGCGUGAGCGCUGUCGAGCGCGCGCAAGGGCGAAUGCGUGAGCUCAAGAAUUCCAGUGGGUCGAGGGCACUCGGCGGCGGGCAAGGGGCAGAAAGAAAGGAUGAGAGAGGGAGCUCACUCUCCGCCGUCAGCGGCUCCUCGGCCUCCUCUCGACGUGCUGUGAUAUUCGCGAUGCUCUGUGCGCGUGCGCGGAGCGCAAGUGCAGCGGAAGCGGGGGGUUGGAGGUUCGGCGACGAUGUAGGGACAGUGACUGUUGAGAGACGGCGGGGUCUCACCAGUGACGCUAGACGAGGGAUGGAGAACGAGGGGAUAUCUUGCGUGGUGUCGAGGAGACGUGCGUGCGCGCAUAGGCUUGGCGGCGGGAGCAUACACGUCAACGGCCUAGGCGGUUGGGCACUGGGUGGGCGGUGGGCGUGGACUCAAGGAAACGAGGGGACGCGCGCACGCGGAUUUGGGUCCCAGGCGAGGGCGGGGGCGUGCGCGCAGAUACAUAGAAAAUCAAGGCAGCAGAUAACAGGGCUUUUGAAGAUGCAAGCUUUCUCAGGGCCGAGGUGGAGGCCCGUCGUCCGCUUGCAUCACUCGUCCGCUUGCAUCACUGAGAGUGCGAGGGAGGGAGAGCGCGAAGGAAACGGGUAUCGAGAUGUAAAAGGAACAAAAGGAAGAAGAGGACGUGGACGAUGGCCUGUCGGAAAAUCUCAGGCUUGCAGGCUAGCAGAGGAUGUCGACGUUGGCACGGACAGGGCGUGGGCGAGGGGUCGUAGAAUUAGAAGGGUAGGGCAGACAGGUCAAAUACGAGAAUGUGGGCGCGGGAUUGUUGUCGGAGCAGAUGCCGCCGCCGCGGAGACCAUGGAUGGUGGGUGUGGGAGUGGGAUGUCCAUUGACGAGGACGAGAAGGUGCAGGCGGAAAGAGAACGAGCAGUCGUGGUGUUGAAGGCGGAAGAGGUCCAUCCAAUUGAUCGCUGGUGA